AUGGCUGUCGGUGAAAAUUCUUCGUUCACGUUGGGGUUGGCCGCUGAUGGGCCUGUCCGUGAUGCACGUAAAGUCCCUGUGGAAGCGGUCAAAAAAGUUUCCAUGUCGAAUAGCCACACUUUGUUCCUCACCCAAAAAGGAGUAGUAUUUGGAUGUGGAGUUGCGUCGAACUUUGGAAAAAGUGACGAUAUCGGUAGUCUGGUGGUGAAUCCUAUCAAAGUGGAUUUCCCUGGAGAGAACCUUCCCGUUGUUGAUGUUGCAGCAGGCCCGCACCACUCUGUCUUCAUAACAUCAAAAAGUGUUUACGUGUGUGGACUAAAUUCUGAUUUCUGUCUCGGUCAGAAAAAGGAUAAGUGUCACUAUUCAUUGAGGAAGGUGAAGCUUCCACUUCCUGAAGGUGUGAGAAAGUUUCAUUUUGACAAGGUGUUCACCAAUGAUCACUGUACACUUAUUUUCUCAUUCUCCAAUACCACGACUGAAAUCUGGAUUGCUGGAAGAACGCCGCUCAAAAUUAGCGAGGGCUUUACAAGAGUUGAAAAAAGUUCAGAAAAUGCAUUGACCAAAUUUAUGGUGUUUAUUGGAGGAUAA